UGGAAGUCUUUUAAUCUGAUCUCUUGUGGUAUUCUAGCCCAAUAUACUGAAAAUGUUUCACACGUUACUCGUGUUCUGUCUGAGCUCGUGGCUGCUUGGUGUGUUUGGUGAUGAAGUGAAGUCAGUGUCAGUGAUGGAGGGAGAAUCUGUUACUCUACACACUGAUCUCACUCACAUACAGACAGAUGAUGUCAUCGAGUGGAGGUUUGAAAACAUCCGCAUCACCAGAAUCAAGAGAUCAUUCAACAUUAAUCCCACAUAUGAUGAUGAUACUGAAAUAUUCAGAGACAAACUGAAGAUGAACAAUCAGACUGGAGAUCUCACCAUCACACACAUCACAUCUCAACACUCUGGACUUUAUCAACUCAAUAUUCUUGGGAGAAAUAAGGACACGGUCAAGAAAUUCAGUCUUACUGUUCAUGAUAAAGUGAAGUCAGUGUCAGUGAUGGAGGGAGAUCCUUUCACACUACACACUGAUCUCACUCACAUACAGACAGAUGAUGUCAUCGAGUGGAGGUUUAAAGACAUCCGCAUCGCCAGAAUCAAGAGAUCAGUCAGCAUUAAUCCCACAUAUGAUGAGACUGAGAUAUUCAGAGACAAACUGAAGAUGAACAAUCAGACUGGAGAUCUCACCAUCACACACAUCACAUCUCAACACUCUGGACUUUAUCAACUCAAUAUUCUUGGGAGAAACAAGGACACGGUCAAGAGAUUAAGUCUUACUGUUCAUGCACAAGAACUUCAUACAUCAGCAGGAGGACAAUCAGAUUAUAUCAUUCCUCUCUCUUGUGCUGUUGUUGGAUCUGUGAUGAUUGUAGCUGCGCCUCUGAUGCUUCUGAUGUUCUUCAUCUGCAGAAAACACACAAACACACAUCAACAGGAUCAAACCUGCGCUGAUUCAACAUACAACAAAACACAGACAUCUGAAAUGACAGAGUUGGUUUACACGAGCAUUAAACCAGAUGACAUUUGUACUAAAGGACAGUUCGAGUACUUCAGUGAAGUACAGUAUAAUGCUCGCACAAAUAAAAGACUAAAGUAA